CACUCGCAUUACUUUGACGACCCUGUAUAACCCUGCAGCUGAGGCAACAUUGUUGCUUCUUCCUCGAGUUAAUCCAGGCUCCUGCAUGUGUUUAUAUAAAGACGACCUUAAUAAUGCUCGCUCUGCUUCUCAGUACUACCUCCACGACAUCGUGUUCCUUGUCAAGUUCUCAUAACUCAUAGUGCAUACAUACAUAUAUAGCUUGCUUUGUGUGCCAUCGGAAUCGCGAAAUGGCAAGCGCUAGUUCUGCACAAGGCGCACACGAGACAGACCCUGAGAAGGUGAAGCUCGUCACCGUCCUGAGCAUCGACGGUGGCGGCGUCAGAGGGAUCAUCCCCGCCACCAUCCUCGCCUUCCUAGAAGAGAAGCUGCAAGAACUGGAUGGACCGGACGCUAGGAUCGCCGACUACUUCGACGUCGUUGCCGGCACGAGCACCGGUGGUCUCCUGGCGGCGAUGCUCACGGCCCCUGGCCAGGACCAUGACGGACGUCGACGGCCACUCUUCGACGCCAAGGAUCUGGCGCAGUUCUACAUCGACCACUCGCCCAAAAUCUUCCCACAGAAGAACUGGAUCCUGUCCAAGAUCGCCGGCACGCUGAGGAUGGUGAGGGGGCCCAAGUACGACGGCAAGUACCUCCAUGGCCUGCUUCGCCAGCACCUCGGCGACAUGAGGCUGGACAAGGCGCUCACCAACGUGGUCAUCCCGACCUUCGACAUCGCGCUCCUGCAGCCCACGAUUUUCUCAAGCUUCGAGCUGAAGCGCCGGCCGUCGAAGAAUGCACUCCUGGCGGACAUCUGCAUCAGCACCUCGGCCGCGCCGACCUUCUUCCCGGCACACUACUUCGAGACGGAAGACGGGGACGGGAGGACCAGGGCCUUCAACCUCGUCGACGGAGGCCUCGCCGCUAACAAUCCCACACUGUGCGCCAUGGGCCAGGUGUCCAAGGACAUCAUCCUCGGGGACGACGACUUCUUCCCGGUGAAGCCGGCGGACUACGGCAAGUUCAUGGUCAUCUCCGUUGGCUGUGGGUCGAACCGGGACCGCAGGUACAGCGCCAAGGCCGCCGCCAAGUGGGGCAUCUUCAACUGGCUCAUCAAGGACGGCACGGCUCCCAUCAUCGACAUGUUCAACUCCGCCAGCGCCGACAUGGUCGACAUCCACCUCUGCGUCCUCUUCAGGGCCCUCCAUUCCAGCGAAAACUACCUGCGCAUUCAGUAUGAUCAACUGACGGGCAGCGCGGGCUCCAUCGACGACUGCUCCAAGGAGAACAUGGAUAAGCUGGUGCAGAUCGGGAAGGACCUUCUCAGCCAGAACGUCUCCCGGGUGGACCUAGAGACUGGCAAGAACAUGGACGUCCCCAGCGCGGGCACAAACGCCGAGCAGCUCGCCAAGUUCGCGAAGCAGCUCUCUGACGAGCGACGCCGGCGCCAGAAGCUUUCAAAGUAGCGGUACUGAAAAGAAAAAAAGAAGAAAUAAAGAUUUUGUAACGACGCUUCAACUGCCGAUCAUGCAUAGGGCAUUGGUUUAAACAUUCUCCAGCUGCUUGCACUUUCAUGCUCUGGAACGUGUGUUCCGUUCAUUUCAUGGCGCUUUUGUUGUCACGUAGUAUUAUUACCUGGUUUGCAUUGAUCAGAUACUAUCAAUAAGGUCAUCGGUUUUACUUGUGAAAGUUGCUUUGUCAGGUCUUAAGUGCAUGCACACAGCAGCACUCAUCAUUUUUCUGUGCGAAUACGAGGUUGAAAGAUUGGUUUGUGAUGA